AUGAAGAUGCUACCUCUCCUACUGGGAGCUUCUCCCAUUACUGCCCUCACAGCAACGCAACUCUUUCAAUUUCCCAACACUAGCCAGUUUGUUGAAAACAUUGCCGUUCGCUCUAAUGGUCAUCUCCUCCUCGACACGUUUGACCACGGGCGUUUGUACACUCUGGAUCCCACUGCAAAGAAGCCCAUACCUCGGGUCGUUGCCCAAGUCCCGGAAAGCACCGGUCUGACUGGAAUUGCAGAGGUUGCGCACGACCUGUACGCCGUAUCUGCUGGCAUUCUCAACCUGACUGAUGACUCCUUUGAAGCCGGAACUUCAAAGGUUGCUCUUGUGGAUCUGCGCGAUUGCCAUGACGGCAAGCUUGCGUCGGUGAGAGUCAUUGCCGAGGUCGCUGAUGCGGGCAUUUUGAACGGCAUGGCUAGCCUUCAAAAGCACAAACAUAUUAUUCUCAGUGUGGAUUCCAAGACGGGACGUGUAUAUCGUGUUAAUACACGGAACGGAAAGGUGGAUAUCGCUUUCCAAGACGACAGACUGAAGCCCGGUCCGGGUCCCGUCCUUGUGCCUUUAGGCAUCAACGGCGUCAAGAUCUUCAAGGGCUAUCUGUACCUGACAAAUUCGCAACAGCGAUUUGUUGGGCGAAUCAAGAUUGACGAUUUUGGCGACAAAACGGGCGACUUGGAGAUCAUCACCACCCUGCCGUUGAACCCGCCCAAAGUCCCGGAUGACUUCUCCAUUGCCAAAGACGGAACCAUUUAUUUGGGAGCGCACGUGGACACUUUAGUUAAGAUUACGCCAAACGGCCAGUGGACUGCAUUGGUAGAAGGCAGCAGUGCUGGAUUUUAUUUGGACGGACCUACUUCGACAGCGCUAAGCAAGGAUGAAAAGACUGUCUAUGUCACGACGAGCGGUGGUGGCCAGACUGGCAAAGGCGGGCAGAUUGUGGCUGUUCACUUGUAA